AUGAAACUAAUUGCCAUCCUUUUCCUCUGCUCUAGGCUGCUAUCAAGUUUAACCCAGGAAUCAUUGUCUCAGGAAAUUGACUGCAAUGAUGAGGAUGUAUUUAAGGCUGUGGACGCUGCCCUGAAGAAAUAUAACAAUCAAAACCAAAGUGGGAACCAGUUUGUACUGUACCGCGUAACUGAGGUCACUAAGAUGGUUGUUCCUGAUAUAUUUUAUUCCUUCAAGUAUCAAAUCAAGGAGGGUGAUUGCCCUGUUAAAAGUGGCAAAAGCUGGCAGGACUGUGACUACAGGGAAGCAUCAGAAGCUGCCACUGGAGAAUGUACAGCAACCGUAGGGAAGAGGGGGAAUGGGAAAUUCUCCGUGGCUACCCAGACCUGCCAGAUUACUCCAGCCGAGGGCCCUGUGGUGACAGCCCAGUAUGACUGCCUUGGCUGUGUGCAUCCUAUAUCAACGGAGAGCCCCGACCUGGAGCCCAUUCUGAGACAUGGCAUUCAACAUUUUAACAACAACACUGAUCAUUCCUACCUCUUUGCUCUUAGAGAAGUAAAAAAGGCCCAAAGACAGGUGGUGGCUGGAUGGAACUUUCAAGUUAACUAUGCAAUUGUGCAAACUAACUGUUCCAAGAAGAAUUUUCUUGUCUUAACUCCAGACUGCAAGACCCUUUUGAAUGGUGAUAUGGCUGAAUGUACAGAUAAUGCAUACAUGGAUCUUCAGGAAAGAAUUGCUUCCUUCUUACAGAACUGCGACUUUUAUCCAGCGGAGGAUUUUGUACCAACACCUCCCCAGAUUUGUCUUGGCUGCCCCAGAGAUAUGCCCGUUGACAGCCCAGAGCUGCAGGAGGCUCUGACUCAUUCCAUCGCAAAGCUUAAUGCAGAGAAUAAUGAAACUUUCUAUUUCAAGAUUGACACCGUGAAAAGAGCAACAGAACAGCUGGUGGCUGGACAGAAAUUUUCUAUUGAGUUUACAGCCAGGGAAACCACAUGUUCCAAGGAAAGUAAUGAAGAGUUGUCUGAAAGUUGUGAGACCAAAAACCCUGGUCAAAGUCUGGUCUGCAAUGCUGAAGUUUAUGUGAUACCUUGGGAGAAAAAAAUUUACCCUACCGUCAACUGUAGAUCACUUGGAAUGAUCACAUUCCUGAAAAGGCCUCCAGGUUUUUCACCUUUCCGAUCAGUACAAGUAAAGGAAACAAGAAAAGGAAUAACUGUAAGUGCACCCCACACUUCUAUGGCACGUGUACAAAAUGAAGAGCAGGAUCCAAAAAAAGAACAAGGACCCAUUCAUAGGCAUGACUGGGUCCAUGAAAAGCAAAUAGAACAUGGCCUUCACCAGGGCCAUAAACGUGAACAUGACCAAGGCCAUAAACAUGAAAGGGGACAUGGCCUUGGCUAUAGACAUCAAAAACAACCUGGCCUUGGUCAUGGACAUCAACCUGAACUUGAGUAUGAUCUUGAACACCGAGGGGGACAUGGCCUUGACCACGGACAUAAACAUAAGCUUGAUCAUGGCCAAGAAAAAUAUAAAAAUAAAGGCAAAAUCCGUGGAAAGCACAAUGGCCGGAAAACAGAGCAUUUAGCAAGCUAUUCUGAAGAUAGUUCUACAUCUUCUGCACAGACGCAAGAGAAGACAGAAGGGCCAACACCCAUCCCUUCCCUAGCCCGGCCAGACAAAGCAGUUACCUUUUCUGACUUUCAGGACUCAGAUCUCAUUGCAACUGUGAUGCCUAAUACACCACCAAUUCCCACAGAGAGUGAUGAUGAUUGGAUCCCUGACAUCAAGAUAGAACCAAAUAAACUUUUAUUUAACGCGCUGUCUGAUUUUCCGGAAACAAUCUCCCCCAAAUGUCCUGGACGUCCCUGGAAGCCAGUUAAUGGAAUGAAUCCAGUGGAAACAAAAGAAUUUUAUGAUUUCAAUCUCUCUGAUGCUCUUUAG